UUGUCUGUUCUGGCGAUGUCAACAUCAGCACACAGUGAUCGCAAAGGCCCGAAAUGCUUUUCUCACUUGUGCCCAGUUUAGGCAUUCGCAAAGGUUUGGUUAUCAACUCGCUUUUCCUAUCGAAAAAGGUUUCGCCGUUGUUUAGUUUAUCGGUCACAAGGUCCGUGUCCAACUUCGCGUUACGCCAUCGCUACAGGAUGAACGUCGUUUACUUCCGCCAGCUGCCCGGGGAAGACCAGUGUGCCAUUUGCUUCCAUUUGGCCAGCGAACGAUACCGAAUCGAUAAGGUGUUCAACUUUUCCCGGAACGUUACGGAGAACAUCGAUGCGAGCCUGGAAAGGAUGCGGACCAACAUCGAGAAGGAAGUGAAGAAAAAAACGAAUAAAAAGAAGAAAAAUAAAAUCGCACCGGUCGAAGAAUCGGCGGAAGCAGGAAGCAGUAAAGAUGACCAGGAACUGCCGAAGGUUAGCGUUCGGUUUUUCGAUGAGGGUCGGAAUCAGGACAUCCAGAAUAUGGCAAUUUCUGAACUGCUGACCAAGAUACAGGACGAAGAGAGGAUCUUGCUGAAAAUCUUGGACGACGACUUUCGGAUAGACUUCAAUUCACCUGUGGUGCAAUCCCUAAAUCUACCUCAAUCUAUUCUGGCCGGAUUUUACGUGUACCCAUCGAAGCUGGAGCUGCUCUUUGCGGACAGAAGCCAAUCCGAGUUCCAGUGGUACCGGGGGAAGAUGCCAACGUCGAACAAUGCCCAGCAAAUCGAAUGGAGUCCCGUAGGAAGCGGCUUUUCCUACAUGGCCAAACCGGAUGACGUCGGAUGUCGCCUCAAAGUUGUAUGUGUUCCUAAGAAUUCCGUUAAAGCCGGCCCACCGACAGAAGUCAUAUCCUCUUGCGAAGUUCAAGCCGGACCAGGCCAAUGCCCGUUCGAUAUCCGGCACCUCUUCACGCAAAAGAAGCUAACGAACGACUUCCAAUUCCGGGUCAUGACGUACAACAUUCUGGCGGAUCUGUACGCGGACAGCGAUUACAGCAGAACGGAACUGUUCGGGUACUGUCCGAAUUAUGCGCUGCAUAUCGAAUAUCGAAAACAGCUGUUCAUUAAGGAAAUACUGGGAUACAACUCGGAUAUCAUCUGCCUUCAGGAGGUGGAUGCCAAAAUCUUCGACCUGGACCUGACGGCCGUGCUGCGCAUGAAGAACCUAGAGGGACAUUUUAAGGCCAAAGGGAAGACGGCGGAGGGGUUGGCCACGUUCUACGAUGUUAAUCGAUUUGAGGAACUGGACCGCCAAGGUAUCACAUUCGGAGAGAACUUGGAAACAGCUCCGGCGUUCCAAGGCCUUUGGAACCAGAUAAAAUCUAAUGAAAAACUGGCAGCUCGCAUCAAAGAUCGAUCGACUGCAAUUCAGGUGACCCUAUUGCGUUCCCGUUCGGUGCCUCAGAAGCACCUGUUGGUAGCGAACACCCAUUUCUAUUUCCACCCGGACGCAGAUCACAUACGACUUCUGCAAGGAGGCUUCUCUAUGUUGUACGUUAGGGAUCUGUACGAAAAAUACGAGCGGGAAAUGGGUUUGGAUAGGAACAACUUUGCCAUCAUAUUCUGCGGAGAUUUUAACAGCGUUCCCGAGUGUGGGAUGUACCGUUUGAUGACGGAACGGUUCGUCGGCGAUGAGAUGGCCGAUUGGCAAAGCAAUGAGGAGGAAGCCGUACGGGGAGUUACACUCUCGCAACCGUUCUGGUUCAAAUCGGCCUGUGGCUGUCCGAAGUAUACCAACUUCACUGUUGGGUUCAAAGCCUGUAUCGACUUCAUCUACUAUCAGAGCGAUGUCCUGCGAGUGAACGACAUUGUGCCUCUGCCCAGCGAGGAGGAACUGAUGGCAUAUGAUGCCAUCCCGUCGCCGGUGUUGCCAUCGGAUCAUAUUGCCUUGGUGGCGAGUCUCGAGUGGAAUGGGAAAUCGUGAUAAGCAAUAAUGGCUUUAAUCAAUGGCAAUGUAAAAUUCCUUAAUAUUUGUACUAUACAUAAUAAAAGUUACGAAAAAGUUGUUUAAAA